GAGAGCGCGUUGAACAGGGAAGGCGCGAUUUGGACCUCUUAGCGUGGCUUGGCUGACAACAAAAGUGGGUCAAAAACUCAUGAGGUCAUCCGUUUUCAUUCGGUCUGUAGCCAUCGCGGUCCCUCACCUUCGUGCGCGUUUCAGUCACUACCAUUGUUUGUUAACUACACGAAAUCUGCGACAAGAUGCUUGUUCCCCGCGCCUCCCUCGACCUGGCGCUCCCACUCGUCAAAAAGCUUGACGAAUGCGCGGACUUUAGCAAAACCGUGCAGCCAUACCUGCCACAGCUCUACGACUUGCCGUACAAGAUCAUCGAGAGCAUCAAUGACCGACAGGCAUUGCUGAACAUCUAUGUAUCGACGAACCCUCUCAUGCUGGGACUUGCUUUUGCGCUGUUCAUGACGCCCAUUGUCUUUGUAGUAUCUGAGUUCAACCGCAACUACUCGCAAGUCGACCGGCUGUGGAGCGUCCUCCCCGUUAUCUACAACGUGCACUACGAUGUCUGGGCGCAUAUGAACGGCCUGCCAGCAGCGAAGGUCGAUCAUGUUAUGGCUCUGUCGGUAAUCUGGGGCGCGCGUUUGACAUUCAACUACUGGCGAAAGGGUGGAUAUCAAGUGGGAAGUGAGGACUACAGGUGGAACAUCGUCAAGGAAUACGUUGGCCCAGUUCCUAUGUUCAUCUUCAACAUCAUUUUCAUCUCGCUGGCUCAGAAUGUUCUGCUCUGGAUCAUCACUUCGCCGACCUACGUCCUGCUUCUCACAUCACGCAUUACCGGAAACACCUUAUCCGGCUACGAUUCCGCUUUCAGCAAGGGCAUGUUCGUCCUGGUUAUCAUCGAAUUUUUCGCCGACCAGCAGCAGUGGAUCUUCCACAAGGCAAAGGGCGCUUACAACAAGACCGCGAAGGUCCCCGGCGAAUACAAAUACACUCGCGAGCAGCUUGACCGCGGCUUCAACACCAGUGGCUUGUGGGCAUGGUCACGCCACCCCAACUUCGCUGCGGAACAGGCCUUCUGGGUUUCGCUGUACCAGUGGGGCUGCUUGGAGAGCUACACUUUCACAAACUGGACGUUUGCUGGCGCAUUCUCGUAUCUGGUUCUAUUCCAGGCCAGCACCUGGCUGACCGAGAUGUUAAGUGCAGGCAAAUACCCGGAGUACAAGGUCUAUCAAGAGCGCGUCGGCAAAUUCUUGCCCAAGUUGCUCACACGGAGUAUGGAGGCACCGAAGACCGAGAAGGAAGCAGCUAAGGUCAAGGAGGCCAAGGUUAAGGCUGCGAAGGGAAAGAAGCUAUAAGCGAGCAGAAGCUUGCAAAGAGCGCGUUCUGCCUGGCUGUGGGUGAUGCAUUGAACAUACUCUAUAGCGACGCAGCAACCGUACAAAUCUGCCCAGCCACUUGACCAGCGUUUUAGAGAACAAAUAAGGUCUGGUGAUGGACCGACUAGUCUCUAAGCGCAAAGUUCUUCAUGCUUCGAGAUGGAAACGGAGAUAAGACGGAGCCGUUGGAGAGGCGUGUAAACGGCUGGGGUACAACAUUGAAAUGAAGUCGCGAGAACAAAACCAUAUCGACAAUACACCCCCGCACACUACUACCAUCAUGCCUCGGCGCAAACGCAAUUUCUCGUCGAGAGGCCAAGUGAAUGAGCUGUUCUACGACCAAGCUGACGUGAGCGCGGAUAUGGUGGAUACUUGAGUCCUUGGCGGUAC